AGUAUUUGUUAUCCUUAGCACUCUGUCUCUGCUUCAAGCAAAGCAAAGCAGAGGUUUACACCAAACCAUGAGCAGCUUAUUGGGCGUGGAGCUCUCAACCUCCGCAGCAAAACCCUCUAUCUUCAACCCCAGCAACCUCAAUUCCUUGCCUUUCACUGAAUUCCUCUCUCCUGCAAUUCUCACAAUUCCCCCAAUAUCCUCUGCCUCUCUUUUCCCGCAUUCCAAACACAGUCUUAAAAACAAGGACAAAAGGAGUAGAACAACAAUUCACAGUUUCAAAUCCCAGAAUGCCCAUUUCGAACCCGUCACCAGUGUUCAAGUCAGUGACAUAGACACCGCUCAAGUGGAAGAGCAAGUAGAGGUUGAGCUCGCAGAGGGUUACACCAUAACUCAGUUUUGUGACAAGAUUAUUGAGGUCUUUUUGAAUGAGAAGCCCAAGACAAAGGAGUGGAGGAAGUAUUUGGUAUUCAGGGAGGAUUGGAAGAAGUAUAGGGAAAGCUUCUACAAUCGGUGUCGUUCGCGGGCAGAUGCGGAAAGCGAUCCUACUAUGAAGCAGAAAUUGAUUUCACUUGGAAGGAAGGUUAAGAAGAUUGAUGAUGAAAUGGAAGGACAUAGUGAACUUCUUAAGGAGAUCCAAGACAACCCAACUGACACUAAUGCAAUUGUUACACGUCGGCGCAAGGACUUCACGGGGGAAUUUUUUAGCUACCUCGAUCUACUGUCGCAGACUUAUGACAGUUUGGAGGAUCGUGAUGCGGUGGCAAGACUGGGGACCAGAUGCCUGUCCGCUGUCAGUGCUUAUGAUAAUACACUGGAAUAUGUGGAUACAUUAGAUGCUGCCCAGGCCAAAUUUGAUGAUAUCCUCAACUCUCCUUCAGUGGAAGUGGCAUGUGAGAAGAUUAAAAGCCUUGCCAAGGCGAAGGAACUUGAUUCCUCCUUGAUCCUGUUGAUAAAUAGUGCUUGGGCUUCAGCAAAGGAGUCCACAACUAUGAAAAAUGAGGUCAAAGAAAUAAUGUAUCAUUUAUAUAAGGCCACAAAGAGCAGUCUUAGGAGCAUUGAGCCAAAAGAAAUAAAGCUACUUAAGCAUUUGCUGAACAUCACAGAUCCUGAAGAGCGAUUCUCGGCACUGGCAACAGCUUUCUCCCCGGGUGAUGAACGUGAAGCGAAGGACCCUUAUGCUUUAUACACUAAUCCCAAGGAGCUACACAAAUGGAUCAAGAUCAUGCUUGAUGCGUACAAUCUCAAUAAGGAAGAAACCGACAUUAGGGAAGCCAGACAAAUGACUCAGCCUGUGGUUAUACAGAGGCUGUUCAUCCUCAAGGAAACUAUUGAAGGAGAAUAUUUGGAGGACGGCAAGUCUCAAGAUUCUAAAACAGAAGGGGACACUAAAUCAGAGGAGUUGUGAGGUGCUGCUCAUUUUCACCAAUGGCACUAUGACAUAGGAGGAUCACCAUAUGCUGAGUUGUUAGAUACUGAAUUAAUAGUGCCGGAAUAUCUUGAUGGAAAAGAUCAGUACAACAAUGACAAGAAUCAAACAUAAUUGGGGCAGUAUGGUGCUUACGACAGUAAAUCAAGUGUAACUGUGCAUAUAAUUCCAAUCUGAAAAGCUCUUUCGGGGCGCACAUCACGCCCACCCAGCUACGCUCGGUUAGCGCUGUUUUUGGGUUCAAAAAAAUUCACUGUUUUUCCUCUGAAUCACUAUUUUUAGUUAUUGGACUGUUUUUGCUGUUGGGCAAUGUGAACAUUUCUUCUUGUUGCGCUGUUUU